AUGGCUCCCCUGUGCCCCAGCCCCUGGCUCCCUCUGUUGAUCCCAGCCCCUGCUCCAGGCCUCACUGUGCAGCUGCUGCUGUCACUGCUGCUUCUGGUGCCUGCCCAUCCCCAGAGGCUGCCCCGGAUGCAGGAGGAUUCCUCGCUGGGAGGAGGCUCUUCUGGGGAAGAUGACCCACUGUAUGAGGAGGAUCUGCCCAGUGAAGAGGAUCCACCCGGAGAGGAGGAUCCACCCGGAGAGGAGGAUCUACCUGGAGAGGAGGAUCUACCUGGAGGGGAGGAUCUACCCAGAGAGGAGGAUCUACCUGGAGAGGAAGAUCUACCCGGAGAGGAGGAUCUACCUGAAGUUAAGCCUAAAUCAGAAGGGGGCUCCCUGAAGUUAGAGGAUCUACCUACUGUUGAGGCUCCUGGAGAUCCUCAAGAACCCCAGAAUAAUGCCCACAGGGACAAAGAAGGGGUUGACCAGAGACACUGGCGCUAUGGAGGCGACCCGCCCUGGCCCCAGGUGUCCCCAGCCUGCGCGGGCCGCUUCCAGUCCCCGGUAGAUAUCCGCCCCCAGCUCGCCGCCUUCUGCCCCGCCCUGCGCCCCCUGGAACUCCUGGGCUUCGAGCUCCCGCUGCUUCCAGAACUGCGCCUGCGCAACAAUGGCCACAGUGUGCAACUGACCCUGCCUUCCGGGCUAGAGAUGGCUCUGGGUCCCGGGCGGGAGUACCGGGCUCUGCAGCUGCAUCUGCACUGGGGGGCUGCAGGUCGUCCGGGCUCGGAGCACACUGUGGAAGGCCACCGUUUCCCUGCGGAGAUCCACGUGGUUCACCUCAGCACCGCCUAUGCCAGAGUUGACGAGGCCUUGGGGCGCCCCGGAGGCCUGGCCGUGUUGGCCGCUUUUCUGGAG